CCGCACUCGAGUUCUCGUUGGAGUGGAGGUAAUUCAAUAUGUGGGUGGGUUUGUUGUAUUUUUCUUCGGUGGCAUUCAUUUGCAACGCAAGAGUUCUUGACGAAGGAUGCACAGAUUUGAAAGUGUACCCGAUCAAGGGCGUCGGACCGAAGAUCAUCCACGUGACUGGAAAAGGAACUUUGUACAGCCCGGGUUUUGAGAAAAAUCAAAACUACCCGGAUUCUGUUAGUUGUUCGUAUCGAUUGCUCGCACCAGCAGGAAUGCACGUUCGGUUGACGUUCAACGAACUAGACAUUGACGCAACGGAUAGCUGUCGUUCAGAUCUCGUGCGCAUCCACGACUUUAAAUCGCAGGGAGGAGGAGGCUUUGCAGUGGCUGUGCUCUGUGGAAACCGUGUGCCCUAUGAUUACGUUACCCAAUACAAUGCUGUGCAAGUGACUUUGCAGAGUGACGAAUUUGGUAGCAGAAGAGGCUUUAACAUUACUUAUUCACCACAGUCCAACUCCAGUGUCUGCCCUUCCGGUAAAAAGAUGUGCCGCAAUCGAAAGUGCGUAGAUUACUCUCAAGUCUGUGACGGAAAUGACAAUUGUGGCGAUGGUACAGAUGAAGAAAAAUGCACAGUUACAUUACCUACUACUGAAUGCGGGAAAUCGGAAAUCAGCCCGAAGCCAACGUCUUUCUUAGAUCGAAUCGUUGGUGGUCAAGAGGUUACUGAAGGCAGCUGGCCUUGGAUGGCUGAUCUACAACAAAGACUUGUCGAGCCUAAUGGUCAUAUGUGUGGUGGAGCGUUGAUUAAUGCACAGUGGGUGAUUUCCGCAGCACAUUGUUUUGGAGGUCUUCGACGUCCUGGCGAUUGGCGGAUUCAUCUCGGAAACCACAGAAAGUUCGAUACCGAUGUGGGUGAACAGAUCAGAUACGUUGAGCGUAUAGUCAUUUAUGAUGAUAUCCCUCCAACGACGUUUGAGAAUGAUGGCUUCUUUGAUAUUGUGCACGACAUAGCUCUCAUCAAAUUGAAUGCUCCUGUGAAGUUCACGAAAUACGUAAAGCCCGUUUGCCUACCAGAUAUCCUGACGACGUUGAACACCAGUAGUAAUUGUUACGCAAUUGGAUGGGGAGCUACGAGAGGAUCUGGUAGUGAUGAUAAAUUGAAACAGGCGCACCACCCGAUUAAAGAAAAAGUGUUCUGCGAAAGAUUGGUUGGAAGCAGCUUUAAUCCAAGCACUAUGAUCUGCGCAGGUAGUUUAGGGCCUCUCAAUGGAGUUUGUCACGGUGACAGUGGUGGUCCAUUACUAUGUGAAGAAAAAGGAAAAUGGAGUGUUCAUGGGGUCGCCAGUUAUGUUACUGCAGGUACAGGAACUGAAGGAUUGUGUGGCUUGAAAGGAAAUCCCAGUGUAUUCAACAAAGUGGCAGUGAAACUUGGAUACAUAACAAAAAUGAUCAACAAGUACAGUUGAUUUGUAUGAAUAGAUUUGAAAUGAUAAAAAUACUGAUGCUACAAAUAUUAAUUCAUGCUCAUUGUUUUAAGUUUUUUUUUGUUGAAGAACUAAUACAGUCGAACCUUUUUAAUCCGAACGCCGCACAUAGGAAUAUUUGAAUCAAAAACCGGACAUUUUUUUUUUUUUUUUUGUCACAUAAUGCAAUACAUAAAAUAUGCAAUGAAACAUGCUACUCGAUCAUAAUAAGGUUUGAUUUGAAGAAAGAAAAGAUAUUUCUUAGAAAAAAGCUAUCAUUUUCCUCAUCUAUAAUACCCUUAUCGCAAUUAAUUGAUAUCUCAUCUAGGAUGUAUUACCAAAAUUCUUUGGUAUUACUGCGUGCUUGCGUCUUGCGAGUUCCGACUAGCGUACUACAACGGAAAAGCAACAAGGGUAGUUUUUACUGUUAUCCUUAGACAUAACAGUUGACUAAAGUAGGUUUAAAAUUACUUUUAUUAAGCGUUUCGAUUUUGGUUUUGUCCGGUUUUACUGGCCUAUGUGCGCCGCCGAGAUGAGAUACAUGUAAUGUAAAUAAAAAU